AGAACAACCACACGGUGGAGAAUGAGAGCAGACUUUAUCCUUCAACGCCGAGCUGCUCACUCGCAUUAAACUCAUUAACGCUGGACGACACGCGCAGCCGACAUCUAUUGUACUUUCCCGACACUAAACGGUCAGAAAAAUGGGGAAAGGAUGCAUCACUUCCACCAAGUACUUCCUCUUUCUCUUCAACCUAAUCUUCUUUAUCUUCGGAUCUACGAUUAUGGGAUUUGGCCUGUGGAUCCUCCUAGACAAUCAGAGCUUCAUCGCAGUGUUGCAGGACUCAUCCAUUGCCUUAAAGGUGGCCACUUAUAUUCUGAUUGGUGUGGGAUCAUUCUCCAUGAUUCUGGGAUUUCUGGGCUGUCUGGGGACCAUCUAUGAGAUCCGCUGUUUGCUUGGAUUUUACUUCACCUGUCUGUUAGUCAUUCUCCUCGCUCAAGUGGCUGCUGCCGUUCUCAUCUACUUCCAGCGUGAUGUGUUGAGGAAGGAGACAACUGAAAUUGUGUCCAAAAUCACGGUGAACUACCCUGGACAGAACAAAACAGCUGAGCAGGCCUGGGACUACAUCCAGAGAACAAUGCAGUGUUGUGGCUGGGAUGGGCGUAUGGAUUGGUUUUUAAACCAUGUAAUAAAGAACAAUUCACAGUUUUUGUACCCAUGCUCCUGCCACAAUACUUCCUUCCCUCCUUCUAAUGUUGCAGAUAGUGGCUUCUGCGAGGCCACAUCUAAGGACUGGCCCACCUAUGAGAUGGGCUGCCUGGCGAACGUGGAGAGCUGGCUCUUCACAAAUUAUGGAGUCAUUCUUGGAAUCUGCCUUGGUGUGGCUGUCAUUGAGCUCCUCGGUAUGAUUCUGUCCAUGGGCCUUUGCAAAAGUGUACACCAAGAGGACUACACCAAAGUGCCAAAGUACUGAAGACACAUGGACGCACACACACACAUGGACGCAUUCUGUUCUCCCUUAUUUACAUGGAAAAACAGCUCUCCCUCUUUUUCUACAGUACACACAAUGUUUCCAAAAGAUGAACUUGCGAUUUAAGAUUUAGGUUUGUGUUUAUGAACCGCAUAAGCUCACUCUUCAUCUGUAACAAUAUGUAAAUCCUCUGUGAUAUAUCUAAUCGAGUCUUU